ACCAUCAACAAACUUGGACCUUAUCAGUCUAGCCUUAGAUCUGCAAGGUGAUGUUAAUAGUGAAAAGCUACGAGGAAAACUUAAAAGGCUUUUCAAAAACAAAAAUCCAAUUACUAACGGUAAAAGUAGUAACAAAUGCCACACAUUGGAGCAAAAUAUUAAUCCUCAAAUGCUGGGUCAAGAUAAAAGUUCCCCAAAAGCAUAUAAUGAAGAAGUAACUUUAAAGAAAAAUAAAAAAUUGAGCUCUCCACCAAAGAAAUCAAACAUGAAAGACAUCAAAUUAAGCCCUGGAUUAAAAGAAAGAAACAAGAAAUUCAAACCCGUUGAAGCAAGGAGAACAAACAUGAAGACUUCUUCCUCCAAGAGAAAAUCGAACGAAAAAUUUAAAAGCAUCGGUGGUCAUCCUUUGAAGUCAAUUAAGAAUGAAAAAUUUAUGAAAUCAAAAAAAACUAACACUCAGUGCCAACCAGCUCGGCAAAAUGAAACGAAAGCUGUUUUCCCAUUUGAGCAUUGUAAUGAAAAUCCACAGGAUAACUUCUUGGAGCAGGACGACUUUUCUUCUAAUGAAAGCAGCAUUGGGAAUGCUUAUGAAUAUGAAAGCUAUACAGACGAUUAUUCCACAGAAAGUGAUUAUUAUUAUGAUGAGCGUUAUACAGAUUUUGAUAGUUCUGGAAGUGAAAAUCUGAUUAAUUGUGAUUCAGACCGGUUUUAUGAAAGUGAUCCUGACUAUGAACUUCCUCCGAAUGUUUCCGAAGACUUAAUCAUACAUAACGGCACUGCUAAGAAACAUGAAUUGUUGGACGAGCAUAAUGUGAGCUUUGAUAGUGAAGAUAGUGAGCCGCAAAUAAUAGAAUUGGCUGCAGAAAAUAAAGGAAAGAGAAUAAAACAACCGGAAGCUUAUUCAAAAUGUGAGCUGAUUAAUUUAAGCCAGAUUUUUGCUUCCUCCAAAAACAUUCAAGGAAAGGAUAACAUAAAAAUGGAAUGUCAAAAUGAAGAUAAAUGUCCAUCACUUGUUCCAAUUACUGACGCAGAUGGAUUUCAAAUGUUCAAUUCCGAGAAUGAUUGUAGCUCUUAUGAAAAUUUCAGUGAUUCUAGUUCUAUGUCUGAAGAUGAUAUAAAUAAAAAGUACAUAGCAUACGAAAAAGUUUACGAUAAUGAUUAUGGUAACACCAAACGAGUGCGAAAUAAACCGAAAUUUAACGUAGGAGUCAUCGAUGUGAGAAAUUACAUUCCUCAACAAACAAUUCGAGAGAAAGAAAACUUAAUAGGCUCAGAUGAAAUGGAUACAGAUGAUGUUUUAUCUGAACACCUAAAUGACAAAAAAGUGUGUUCAAAUAUUGAUAAUGAUACAGUGAUUGCAGUCAAUAUAUGUGAAACUAGUGUGAUACAAGACACUUUAGAAGAAGUAGCUACAAAUGGAAAUAAAGAACCAGCUGCCCAUUCAGAUUUUCAAGUGAAUAUUGAAAAUAUAUAUUCAGAUCUGUCAUCUAACCUAAAUGACGCAGAAAAUUGCGAAACUGAUACUAUAGAAGAGACAAUUAAUAAUGUACAUGAACAAACCACUCACGAAUCACUUUUUAUCAAUGCUAUAAAUUCUAAUUUAGUACUUGUAUUAUUAAAAGAGCCUUUUUAUUUAUAUGGCACUGUUUGUGUAACACUUCUAGCUGGGAAUGUCGAAAUAUACGGUUAUCUACCGCCUUUGAAUGAGGAGCUGGAAGUAUUCUCUCCUCGAGGUUGCUGCAGCAUUGAUUUAAGUCCCAUUUCAACUUCUACUACAUUUGAUGAUAUACAAAUAAAAGAAACAUUGAAACCUCUUCUAAAAUCUUUCAGCUCUCAUGAUUUAAAGAGAAUAGAAAAGAAUUUUGAAAGUGGAGAUGCAUUACUUCUUUUAAAGCGAAAUAAUCGUCGAAUAAAAUUGAAAAAUAUAUUCAGAAAAUACAUGAAUGAAAAUGUUUUCCCAAACAUGAAUUCAAUACAAACAGACCGUCCGCUAUAUGCGAGUGAAUACUUGCUGGAUUGUGUGUUAAAUAAAGAAACUGAAAGACCUUUACUAAUACCUAAAGAAUGGCGAGAUUUGUAUUUUACACCAAAAUCUAAGGUGCUGCUGGCUGGGGGCAAGUCAGUGGGAAAGUCGACUCUCCUACGAUAUCUCUUAAACUGUCACUUAAGGAAAUGUGAACGAGUGCUUGUUGUCGACUUAGAUAUUGGACAAGCAGAACUUUUCUUACCCCAAACGGUAUCUUGUACUGUUCUAACUCACCCAUUAUUAGGACCUGGGUUUUUUCUUAACCACCCACCAACUCGAGCAUAUGCCGUUGGUCACAGCAAUGUUGUACUUUGCGCUCAGUCUUAUAUGAACGCAGUGAAAAGACUUAUCGAGUUUUGUCAGUCUGAUAAGGAUUUUGCUGAAAUGCCAUGGCUAAUUAAUACAAUGGGUUAUAAUAAAGGAUUUGGUUUAGAAUUGAUGAGUAUUAUUACUCAGCUAGUAAAGCCAACCGAUGUUGUGCAAUUACAAAGCAAUAAAGAUAUUAAUAAUUUUGACAUGUUAUUGCAUCCCCAACAGUUAUCAAGGAUACAUCGUGCAAUAUACACGGGGCCUGAGCUUAAAGAACAAAACAACGAGCUUUCUACAAUUGAGUAUCGACUGCAUGUUAUGUCCUCGGCUAUAUUACAAACAAGUCCUUAUCUCCGUGAUUGGGAAAUGAGUGCUAAAGAUCUACGAUAUGCAACGUUUCUAUCGCGGUUAAGCGAGGUGCUACAGGGUAACGCUGAAUGGUUGUCAGACUGUUGUCCAUUUAGGGCCUCAAUAGAAAACCUCCAUUUAGUUAACAUGAUUUCAAACGAAUCUACACGUGAAGAACUGAUUCAUGCCUUGGAAGCUAAUUUAGUUUUUUUGUGUCGAUGUGAAAAUGGCGAAAACCUUGGACCAAUUGAAUGCUUUGGCAUUGGUAUAGCGCGAGCGAUUGAUAUUGACAAACUGUACUUGCUGCCAGCGAUGAGGUACGACAAGCUAAACGAGGUCAAUUGUCUAGCAUUAGGAGAAAUGCCGCUGCCAUCAUCCUUGUUCACAAAUCAAGGGCCCAGGGUGCGUAAAAUGGCGGCUUUUCUUUACAAUACUAUUGAUGCAAGAACUUCCAAGUCUAUUAAGCAAAUUUAUCACCGACCGUCACAGUUUCUCUCAGGGACUCAUAAAAAAGUGAUUGAAGACAAAUAAAUUUUCAUUUGACGUAUGAACGUAAAACC